AUGUCAUCGACCGCAGAUGAUCAUAACAAGUCCGCUCGUCGGCGGAAGGGCCCUUUCCUAGAUGAUACCGAGUCCGAUUCAGACAUUGAUAUGCCGUCUCAUUACAAGACUCCGAGAAGAGCAAACCGUGAUCAGAUUCAGGAACUCGACUUCUUUCAUGAAUCAAUCGAAGACUCGACCAAUGAUAUACGCAACGAGAACCACGUACUGAGAAACACCGGGCAUGUUGCUUGCCCGUCCCAUUCUGCUGAGUUGUCUGACCUUUUCGUUACGAAACCGGAAGGACAGGACGAUAUCGCUCUACCCGAGAAGGACAAGAUCAGAAUCAAGUCUGAGCCCGAUAUAGACGAAGAACCCGAACUCAUGAUCAUCGACCACGCUGCUGCCUCUUCUGAAGCGCAGGCGAAGUGGUCCGUUCCGCGGCCUCCAAGUGUCAUUGACUUGGUCACCGCCGUCAAACAAGAGCCAUUGUUCAAUGACGAACCCAUGCUUCUAGACUUGGGAAGCCAGUCUUCCCUCAAGUCACUCAAGGGAAGAAAAAAAGAGCUAGAGUCCAAAGCUCUGAAAGGUGCUCUGACCAGCUCUGAGCUUAAUGAGAUGAUGCACAUCAUGGCUCAGCUCAGUCAACCCGCGAAGGCCCCAACUACCCUCACAUUGCCUGAUCCCAGCCCCCAUGAACAGGCACCUAGACAGAAAAAUGACAAGAGGCAGAGACGGAAGAGACAAGCCCCUGCAGCAGAUGCGGCAGAAUACUGGGCGAGAAGAGAGAAGAAAGAACAAGAGCGAAAUGCCAAAAACCAGGGGCGACGUGGUGGCGCCCACAACGCUAAAAACAAGACCAACCAGGCAAAAGGCUCAGACAGUGAUGAUAGCGAUCCGGAAGAAAAGAACAAUCGUCAGAUCGAAGAACUGCUUGAGCGGUACGACGCUAUCCAACAUCGAGCGGACCAGGGAGACUUACCCGCAGCACCCGCUAUCACAGCAACCAGAACGGACGACCAGUUGAAGCAGAUGCAAGAAGCCGCCCCUGAGUAUUUUGAUAAGGUUCUUAUUGUCAAGCAGAAGCAGGAGCUCAAACAGUCCACAAAAGCAUGGGGUGCUCGUGCAGUUCACGCCAAAGGCGGGAAAUGGGAAGUCAGAGGCUUAAUUACCCCGUUACUGAAUCACCAGCUCAUCAUGGGAGCCUGGAUGAUGGGCCGGGAGCUUAAAACAACGCCAAAUCUGCCAAGAGGAGGCAUUCUCGCUGAUGCCAUGGGGCUGGGAAAGACCCUUGAAACUUUAUCCUGCAUUGUGGGCAAUCAAGCCUCGGAGAGUUUGAAAGAUGCAGGGAAGGGAGCAACACUAGUGAUUUGUCCGUCGGGGCAAAUGAUUAGCCAGUGGAUGUCCGAGGUCAAAAAGCAUUGCAACAAGGGAUUUUCGAGGAGAAUCGUGCACUUCAAGGCUGGAGAUAAGAUGGACGUCGACUCUCUGUCAUCCUUCAACAUUGUUUUUGCAACUUACCACCAGCUUAGAGCCAGUACUCCCUCGGCAAAGGACAGAGAAAACAUGCAGAAGAAACUUACAGAUCCAGAUGAGUACAAAAAUUGGCUGGAAGAGCAAACGGGGGUUCUUCAUCGCAUUCAAUGGUACCGAGUUGUCCUUGACGAAGCCCAUUGCAUCAAGAACCACUUGACACAUGCGGCGUUUGCGUGCUGUGAGCUCAAUGCCAAGCAUCGUUGGGCAGUGAGUGGAACUCCACUCAUCAAUGCAUCUUCCGGCAAGUUUUCCCUCCUGAUACUUCGACGUACAUUGACUGAUUCUUUUGAAGAGCUUUUCUCUUACCUAAAGUUCAUACGAUGCUCACAAAUCGGUGACUUCAAUGGCUAUUUGGAUAAAUACGACUCCGGCCCCAAGGCUCGAAAAAGGCGUGAUAGACUUGCCCACCAGGUUAUAGCUACUGACAUGUUCAGAACACAAGGGGAUUACUUUCUUGGCCAGCCAAUAAUGAACUUGCCGAAUACGCAUCCGACGCACCAGUAUCUAAGCCUUUCUGCAGAAGAAGUGGUGGUUUUCCGAAUGGUGGAAAGAUGGUUUAGAAACGAGCUAAACCAUGACCUGGAGGAGGGAACAGCUGUAGUUCGAAUCAGAUUCUACCUGGUUAUGCUGCUCCGUUUGAGACAAGCCGCAACCCAUCCGUUUUUGCUCGAGAGUGUGAUGAGAGACCACUUCUCUCUUGAAGACUUGCGAGCAACCAAGGAAAAGCUAGAGGCACUCAAAGGCGGUGCUACCGUCUACUCCCAAAUUGGCCCAUGGACUCAGAGACAAAAGGUACGCGACGAGCGCAUCCCGAAAGUAUUCGAAGAAGCAGAAAAGGUGGAGCAAGAAAGGCUCGAAGAUGCCCGCAAAGAAAGCUUGGAAGCCUUGAAAGUCCGCCUCGGCGAAUACGACGAGCAAGACGAAGCACAAACGAGCAAUCUCCAAAACACAACCAUCACGGGAAACGGCGCAAUUGUAACUGACGACUCUGACGAAGUGGAGAGUCAGGACGAGAUAGAAGAGGACGAGGACGGCAUGGUUCCUCAGAAACUCGCCUCUUCCAGCGUAAAUCCCGAAGUCGAAUUGGAUACCACAGACCCCAUCGCCGAAGACGAGCCUCAACUCGAUCCCUUUGGCCGCAGCGAAUUUGGCUUGCAUUUCGACAUGACCAAGCAGAUAGAGUACCUGGAGAGACUCAAGGAGCUUGAGGCUGUCGCUUGCGUUGUGUGCAAAAAAAAGCCCCCCAAGAAGCCAGUCAAGGGACGGUGCGGCUGCUACUUUUGUAAUCGCUGUGUGAUGGCACAUUUAGCAGAUAAGGUAUACUACGCACUACUAACAACCCGUAAGAGCAGAACAUGCCCUAAAUGUCGCAGGAUCAUUGGCCCUCUGAAGCCAUUACAGACUUUCAAUGGCGACGAGACUGACGAAGAGCGUGAGAAUGACAGUGACAUGUCCCAGGAAAGCGUCAAUGAAAAGGACUAUACAAGGGGAUUUGAUUAUAACAAGUUCCAGCAUACUGAAUCCUGCGAGAGGAACAAGAAACCAAGCCGGUUCUUGCAGAUCAGCGACAGGAGGCCCAACGUGCCUUUAACUCCGAGCGCCAAGAUGACGGCGCUCAAGGAAACUGUCUUGAGGUGGCAGGCAGAAGCUCCAGAGGACAAGAUUAUCAUCUUCAGUCAAUUCGCUGUGGUCAUGAAAAUCAUCGGUCGCGUUCUAGAAUCAGAAGGCAUCUGUUUCGCUUACCUUAGCGGCAAGCAGAACACGGAGCAGCGCAACAAAGCCGUCUCCGAAUUCCAGAAUGGCGAAGAGGUGAAGGUUCUGAUUGUUUCCCUGCGUGCGGGAGGGCAGUGUCUCAACCUUGAGCGGGGUAACCGAGUCAUCCUCAUGGAGCUGUGGUGGAACCACGCCGUCGAGCAGCAGGCUUUUGCUCGCGUAUUCCGCAUCGGCCAGAGCAAGGAGACUCACUUUUUGCGCUUCGUCGUCAAAACUCCUAUCGAGAAUCGUAUGCUUGAAAUGCAGGUUGGAAAGAUCCUCGCCAUCGACAACGCCCUUCAGGACGAAACGGUGAGAGCGCCCAAGAUUGGCCUGGAAGAGAUUGCCAGUCUCCUGGGCAGGGUGACGUGGCGUGAGGGUGGCGUCAUGCACAUUGAGCCUGAUGAUUACGACGAUGACUACGAAGACUCUCCUAGGAAUGAAGAAGAGGAGAGUGAUCUGGACGACCUUGUUGUCCCCGACGACGUGGUCGAGUACGAGGAUGACGAGGAUGACGAAUAG